AAAACACUAAAAAGCUUAUACUUAUUUCAUUUAUGGAAGUACUCGAUAAAGUUUAUUCAACAUACGAAACACGCGGACUAAAAUGUGCUGCAUGCAAUCUUGGUGCAAACUACUGUAGUGAUGGUUAUCGUUGCUUUCGUUCUGGACUAUUCUUCCACAAGGAAUGCGCCAACUCUAAGCAAGAAGUUUUCAACCCAUAUCAUACCCAACAUACGUUAAAAAUCAAGCUAGUUUCAGAAAUCGAAGAUGACCAUGGUGAAUGCAAGCUUUGUAGAGGUAAAUUACCCAAAAUGUAUUAUUAUUGUUCAAUAUGUGAUUUUGAAAUCGAUUUGAUAUGCGCAAAAAAGAGUGUUAUAGAGAUGAUUCAAGAUACAGAGACCCAUGAGCAUCCUUUAUACCUUGUUCCGGAUAUGACAAUGUUUUCUUGUCAUAUAUGUAAACUGGUCGAUGAUCGGUUCCCUUACAAAUGUCACUUAUGUGAUCUGAGUUUUCACAAAGAUUGCGCUGAAUCUCCUCCAGAGAUCAACUACUCUUGUCAUCCUUAUCACCCUCUCAUCCGUCUCACAUGUGUUCCAAGUUACACAAAUGGGAAAUGUUGCUUGUGUGGAAGCAAGCUUCAUAUUGUGUUUUAUCAUUGCUCCAUCUGCAACUUCAGUGUGGAUCUUGAUUGUGUAAAGAGUCCACCCUGUGUCACUCUGUUUGACCCAAAAGCUCAUGCACAUCAACUCACUCUUUUGUCUCAACGAGCUUUUGUUUGUAAUGCUUGUGGAAUGACUGACGAUCCAAAUCCGUAUGUAUGUCUUCAAUGCAAUUUCAUGAUUCAUAGAAGCUGUAUAAACAUACCACAAAUCAUAAAAAUUAAUCGUCAUGCUGAUCGUAUCCGUUACAAUCAACGCCUUAAUGUCGGAGAUUGGAAAUGCGGAGUGUGCCAGAAAGAUAUACUAUGGACAUGUGGAGCUUAUUCUUGUUUGAAAUGUCCUGGUUUAGCAUUUCAUGUUAAAUGUGCCACAAAGGUUGGGAUUUGGGAUGGAGUUGAACAUGAAGACAUAUUUGAAGAUACUACAGAUUUAAAUUCACAUGAGGCAAUCAAAGAAGGAGUUAUAAAGCAUUUUAGUCACAAGAAACAUACAAUAAAACUUAAAGAAGGGAUUGAUGCUAAUGAUGAAUGCAUGUGGUGUAACAUAUGUACAUAUCCCAUAUUUUCUAGCCCCUUCUAUGAUUGCAUGGAAUGUGAUGAGUUCAGCAUUCAUCAGAAAUGUGCUUAUCUUCCUAAGAAGAUAAAAGACUCCUUCUACAUGUUGCCUUUGACUUUAUUACCAAAUAAGAUUAAUGGUUUAUAUAUAUGCAAUGCUUGUCAAAACUUUUUUCGAGGUUUUGUAUAUCAAAGUGAUGAUCAUCAUGUCUCCCUUGAUGUGCGUUGUGGCUCUAUUUCUGAGCCUUUUGUCCAUGAAAGUCAUCCUCAUUCUUUAUACAUCAAUUACUCAACAGGAGACAAAAGUUGUAAUGCUUGUGGAAAUAACGCAAUUACGGUUUUGAGCUGCGAAGAAUGUGAAUUUGUUUUAGAUAUUAAAUGCUCUACUUUGCCAAAAAUGGUUAAACACAAAAAUGAUAAAGAUCAUUUUUUGUAUCUAUGCUAUGGAGAAAAGACGACUGAGCAGUACUGGUGCGAGGUAUGUGAAGAAGAUCUAAACCCUAAUAAAUGGUUUUAUUCAUGUGAUUAUUGUGGUAUCACUUUUCAUAUCAAAUGUACGCUCGGAGACUUCAUAUGGAUUAAACCAGGAAAUGAGGAUAUACGAUUUUCUGUGAUUCCUAAUAAUCAUAUAAAUCGACUUAUUUGUGAUGGGUGUAAAUCUCGCUGCAAAUUUGCGUCUAUCUUAAAGUUCUUUGAAAAAUAUACUAUUUGUUCUCUACAAUGUUUUAAUAAUAAGAGGUCAUGAAUUGUAAAUGUUCAGUUUGUUACCGUGUUAUUUGUGCAUGUGCACCAAGG